AUAAAGAUGAGUUUAGAAGAUGCUUCCACAACAGAGACCAACUCCUUGCAUCCGAAUAGAGGACAACCAAGUAAUGCCACCGGGCCUCAUUUUGCAACACAUCAUGAAGGGUCCCUUCAAGUUCCUAUCCCAUGUGCUGUGGUGAAUGUGGUCUUCAUCACUGUUUUAAUCAUAGCUCUCAUUGCUUUAUCAGUGGGCCAGUACAACUGUCCAGGCCAAUAUGUGCCCUCAGUGCCAUCCAACAUGCAUGUUUCUUCAUGCCCAGAUGAUUGGAUAGGAUACCAGACGAAAUGCUAUUUUAUUUCCAAGAAAACAAAGAACUGGACCUUGGCCCAAAGCUUCUGCUCCAAACACCACGGUGCUACCCUUGCUCUCCUAGAGUCUAAAGAGGACAUGGUCUUUUUAAAACAACAUGUGGGGAGAGCUGAACACUGGAUUGGGCUGAAAAAUGAAGAUGGCCAGACUUGGAAAUGGUCAAAUGGCAAAGAAUUUAACAACUGGUUCAAACUUACAGGAUCCAAGAACUGUCCAUUUCUGAAUAGCACCGAGGUCGGCAGCAUGGAAUGUGAAAAGAAUUUACACUGGAUAUGUAGUAAAUCCUCCAUAUAAAGAGGACUCCUAUCUGUUUAUAGACGAUUCUAUCGUGGAAUUGAAAGAAAUGUGUGUG